UUGGAAGCGGUAACGGGGACGAGAGAAACUUGUUUCCAAGCCGGUAGAUUGUGCUCGUAGCACCCUUUCCAGCACGGAAGUUCCACGUGUUUCUGAUGAAUAAGCUUCGGGGAGGCGGAAGCUGGAGGCGGGGACUCUAGGCUCCGAGCCCCAAUAGACAUCGUUCGCUUUAGGCUCCGCCCCAAUCAGAGAACACCCGCCUCGGGAACUCAGUCUCUGACGCCAAUUCGUUGAGACUCUGUCUAGGCCCCGCCUUCUCUCCUCUCCAAUUGGGUACUGCCCACUCCAGGCACUCUGGCCGCACCCCCAUCGUAGCAUGGCUUCUUCACCGCCGCUCCCCAAGAAGAACUCGGAGUACCGGGAGGCCCAGUACUGGGACGAGCGCUACCGGCACGCACUAGACACCGCCCCCUACGAGUGGUUCGGCAACUAUGAGGCCUUCCGGGACCUCUUGGAGCCCGAGCUGCAACCGGAGGACCGGAUCCUAGUGCUGGGCUGUGGGAACAGCGCCCUGAGCUACGAGCUCUUCUGUGGGGGCUUCCCCAACGUGCUCAGUGUGGAUUACUCUCCCGUGGUGGUGGCUGCUAUGCGGGAGCGCUACGCCCACGUGCCCGUGUUGCGCUGGGAAACGAUGGACGCCCGAGCUCUCCGUUUCCCCCCUGGCACCUUUGACGUGGUGCUGGAGAAGGGCACCCUGGAUGCUCUGCUGGCUGGGGAGCGAGACCCCUGGACCGUGUCCCCGGAGGGCAUUCAGACUGUGGACGAAGUCCUCAGUGAGAUGUUGGAGUACAAGCGGGCUACCCUUGGAGAUGAGGAGGCCCCGGAGCCUUCGCCAGAUGGCGUCGCCUCUCCAGAAGCUCUGGAGGUGGGCUUCCGAAAAAGGUCAGGCCAUCUGCUGAGCUCCCGGACACAGCUAGAACUGACCUUGAUGGGCAUCUCGCUGCUGCUGGGCGUCUUGCUCUUGGGUUGUUCCAUUUCCCUGGGGGUCCAGUACAGCCAAGCCACGGUCUCCUUAAAUAACACCUGCCUGACAGAAGCCUGCAUUCGAGUGGCCGGCAAGAUCCUCGAGUCCCUGGACCGGGAGGUGAGCCCCUGUGAGGACUUUUACCAAUUCUCCUGUGGGGGCUGGAUGCGGCGGAACCCACUGCCUGAUGGACGUUCCAGGUGGAAUACCUUCAACAGUCUCUGGGACCAGAAUCAGGCUGUGUUGAAACAUUUACUUGAGAACGAGACUUUCAACUCCAGCAGCGAGGCAGAGCGCAAGACCCAGCGCUAUUAUCUCUCCUGCCUGCGGGAGCAGCGGAUCGAAGAGCUGGGUGCCCAGCCCCUCCGGGACCUCAUUGACAAGAUCGGAGGUUGGAACAUCACAGGACCCUGGGCCCAGGACAACUUCAUGGACGUUUUAAAGACGGUGUCUGGGACCUACCGGGCCAGCCCCUUCUUCACGGUCUAUGUCAGCGCUGACGCCAAGAGCUCCAAUAGCAACGUGAUUCAGGUGGAUCAGUCGGGCCUCUUUCUGCCUUCCAGGGAUUACUACCUGAACCGAACGGCCAAUGAGAAAGUGCUGGCUGCCUACCUGGACUACAUGGUGGAACUGGGCACUCUGCUGGGCGGCGACCCCGACUCCACGAGGGAGCAGAUGCAGCAGGUGAUAGACCUGGAAAUGGAGCUGGCCAACAUCACGGUCCCCCAGGAUCAGCGUCGGGAUGAGGAAAAGAUCUACAACAAGAUGAGCAUCUCUGAGCUUCAGGCCCUGGCCCCUUCUGUGGAAUGGCUGGACUUCCUGUCUUUCGCCCUGUCCCCGCUGGAGCUGGGCGACGCAGAGCCCGUGGUGGUCUACGGGACCGACUAUCUGCAGCAGGUGUCGGAGCUCAUCAAUCGCACAGAGAGAAGCGUUCUGAACAAUUACUUGGUUUGGAACCUUGUCCAGAAGACCGCCUCCAGCCUGGACCGGCGCUUUGAGUCGGCGCAGGAGAAGCUGAUGGAGACUCUCUACGGCACGAAGAAGUCUUGCACUCCUCGGUGGCAGACCUGCAUCUCCAACACUGACGACGCUCUCGGCUUCGCCCUGGGAUCCCUUUUCGUGAAGGCCAUGUUUGACAGAGAGAGCAAAGAGAUCGCAGAAGGGAUGAUCAGCGAGAUAAGGGCAGCCUUUGAAGAAGCUCUGGGACACCUGGUUUGGAUGGAUGAAAAGACACGGCAGGCGGCCAAAGAGAAAGCGGAUGCCAUCUACGACAUGAUCGGCUUCCCUGAGUUUAUCUUGGACCCCAAAGAGUUGGAUGACGUCUAUGAUGGUUAUGAAGUUUCAGAAGAUUCCUUCUUCCAGAAUAUGUUGAAUUUGUACAACUUUUCUGCCAAAGUGAUGGCCGACCAGCUUCGCAAGCCCCCCAAUCGGGACCAAUGGAGCAUGACCCCACAGACAGUGAAUGCCUACUAUCUUCCAACCAAGAAUGAGAUUGUCUUCCCAGCUGGCAUUCUGCAGGCCCCCUUCUACGCCCGUAGCCACCCCAAGGCCUUGAACUUUGGAGGCAUCGGUGUGGUGAUGGGUCACGAACUGACACAUGCCUUUGACGACCAAGGACGGGAGUAUGACAAAGAGGGAAACCUCCGACCUUGGUGGCAGAACGAGUCCCUGGCUGCUUUUCAGAACCACACGGCUUGUAUGGAGGAGCAGUACGGACGGUACCAGGUCAAUGGUGAGCGGCUCAAUGGACGGCAGACGUUAGGCGAGAACAUUGCUGACAACGGGGGUCUCAAGGCCGCCUAUAAUGCUUACAAAGCGUGGUUGAGGAAGCAUGGGGAGGAGCAGCACCUCCCGGCUGUGGGAUUCACCAACCACCAGCUCUUCUUUGUGGGAUUUGCCCAGGUCUGGUGCUCGGUGCGGACCCCCGAGAGCUCACACGAGGGCCUGGUGACAGACCCCCACAGCCCCGCCCGCUUCCGAGUGCUGGGGACGCUCUCCAACUCCCGGGAUUUCCUUCGACACUUCGACUGCCCCGUCGGCUCUCCCAUGAAUCCCGGGCAACUCUGUGAGGUGUGGUAGGGCCAGGAGCGGGCAGUGCCCUCGGAAAGCUCCCCCACACCCCCCCCCUGCCAGUCCCUCUCCCCUUCCCAGGGGCCCUGGGCCUCUCUGCCAGGGAGCCAGACGCCAGGUGUCCCCUCCCCGGAGAUCAGGAAGCCGCGAAAGCCGAGUGAGACCCAACCCUCGCUUCCCUCUGCUGGCUGGGCCGUCUCUGGAGCCCCCAGUCCUGACCCAUUUUCCUCAACCACCACGAUGUGCCGCUGGUUGGAGGUGGCCGGGCCCCUCCGUCCUUCACUGUGACAGCCCCUCUUCCUGCGCAGGCUGGCCGGCCGUCCUGGGGUGGGAGCUUGCAAAGGCUUGGGGUUGAGGGGAUCUCUCUGACCAGGAUCCAAGUUCCUUCCCUCCUGCAUUAACCCACUGAAGGGCCCUGCCCGGAGGCCCGAGGGGUCAGCUGGCAGUGGGGCCCUGGCCCAGACCAGAGCUGCUCGGGAGCUACGACACUGUGAACUCUCUGAGGUUUGAAGGGACGCGGAAGAGUAGGCCCCGGGCCCUGCGGCAUCCCUGAAGAACUCAUUGCCCCUCCUCAGGACCCCCGACCUGGCGGGGUCUCCAUGGAGUCCCUGCCUCAGGUCCUUAGCUCCCACCCAGACUCCCCCUCUCCCCUGUCCCCAGCUUUGGGAGACGGCCCUCGUGCGGCGACUCCCAGACGCUGCCGUCCCCCUCCCCGGGCCAGCUUUGAGGCGGAGCCUUUGCAGGCCGCAUCCCGAUUCAAGCUGCAGAGGAAGGGACUGGGGGAACGGGGACAACCACAGUGUCUUACGGCCCCGGGCUUGGGGUGUCCUCCAGAAAUCGGGGGGAUGAAGCAGGAGGGGUGGGGGUGGGGCAGAGUUUAUUUUUACACGAACGCUGGGAGGGGAAGAAGGUGGUCCUCCAGUGACCCUGUGCCAAUAAACAGUUGUAACUCAGCCCCGCUUCCUUCUUUGUCGCUGCCUUCGGCCCAAGCUGCUCCGCUUCCCGGCAGCCUUUCCAACAAACGUUUACCAGCUCCUGCUGGAGACCAGGCCCUGCUCUGGGUAAGGCCCACGGGCUGGCACUGAAAGUCCUCCCCAUGACCCAGUCCUCCCACUGCAGAGGUGGUCCUGCCCCCAGAUGGGCCCCUUCCUCACUCCCCCAAAAAGCCCUUCUCUUCCCUCUGCACCUCUCCCUCUGUCCUGUAACCCCAAAUCCUGUGCUAGGAUUUCACCAUCCCCUCCACUCUCUCCUGGUCUCAUCCCCUCACUGGCUACACUCUCCUUCCUCCAUCAUCAACCCUUGGGCUACACCGUCCCCUAAUCCUAUCUCUGUAAAGCCUCUCAGGCCUUUUAAAAACUUCUCUUCAUAUCAGAUUGCUUGUCAGCCUUGGGGAGGGGAAAAGGGAGGGAGAACUCAGAAUCUUACAAAAGUAAGUGUUAAAAACUAUCUUUACCUGUAAUUAGAAAAAGAAAAUAAAAUACUAUUAGGGGCGGGGGAGGUAAAAUUCUUCUUUAACCUUUAGUUAACCUUGGGAUUAACGGGAUCUCUCUGCAACAGGAGCUAAGUUCCUUCCCUCCCACAGUAUCCCACUGAAGGGACCUUGCCCUGGAGGCCUGAGUCACCAGCUGGCAGUGGGCUACUGAUUUUCUGGCCCAGACCAGGAGCAUAGAAGAGUUUUGUGCUGACUGGCUCUCUCCCUCUUCUUCCUCUCUCAACUGAGAACCUUUUUCAGUAAAUCUUUCUUGAUGUAUUUUGGUGAGCUGUUUCUUUUCUUUUUUUUUUUUUUUUUUGUUAACUCCCAUAUUUUUCUCCAGCAUCCCUCCCCCUCCCAGGGAACCAUCCCAUGUAUAAAUAGUGCUUUAAAAAUUUAAAAUUUACUAGCAUAUUCUCUUUUCAAGGACACGUAAAGAUGGUUUUCAACUUUCAUUCUUGUAAAAUUUUGAGUUCCAAUUUUUUUUCCUCCCUGUCCCUUAUCUCCUCCCUCCCCAUGCUAGGAAGCAAUCUGAUAUAUGUUAUACAUGUAUAUUCAUUUUAAACAUGUUGUUUUUGUGAUUCCUUCUGGAAGAGGAUCAAAAUGAUAUCGCUACGGUAAGCCGAGUUGCGGCGUAUCUAACUGUGGUUGAUCAGACCAAACGAGCUCCGAAUGCUCUGCCACAGCUUGGAUGCAGAGAGCCCCUAUGAAUUUUUUUAGGGCUUCUCUAAUUUUGCGCAUCUCACCUUUCUUUUGGGCUAAUUAAAUUCUGCUUUCCUCAUAGAGCACAGUACCUUCUCUGACGAAGACAUACCAUGCUGAGCAGUCCUGUGCCAGUGGCUCUCAUGUCAUAUAAUCAAUUCUAAAGGGUUUUUGUUUUGUUUUGUUUUGUUUUGCUGAGGCAAUUGGGGUUCAGUGUCUUACCCAGGGUCACAAAGCCAGGAAGUGUUAAGUAUCUGAGGCCAGAUUUGAACUCAGGUCCUCCUGACUUCAGGGCCGGUGCUUGAUUCUAAAGUUCUUAAGAGAGAUGAUGUCCUUGUAUCACUUUUUCUGACCACCUUCUGAAUGUUUGCCCUGUGUGAGUUCUUCAAUUUAGCAAGUGUACAUUUGGCUUUCAAACAGUGUGACCAGUGGAGCUGUGCUCUCUGCAGUAGAGUUCGAAUGCUCAACAGCUUAUUCCAAGAAAGGAUCUCAGUAUCUUAUCCUACCAGGUGAUCUUCAGAAUCUUCCUGCAUGUAUAUUCAUUUUUUAACAUUAAAGCAUGGAGGAAAAGAAAAAUCAGAAUAUAAGUAGAAAAUUACACCAAAGGAAAAAAUGAAAAAAAAAAAAAAGGUGAAAAGAGUAUGCUUCCAUCCAUAUUCAGUCUCCAUAACUCGCUCUCUCUUGAUGUGGAUGGCAUUCUUCAGGCAAAGUUUAUUGGAGCUGCUUUGGAUCACAGAAUAGCUGAGAAGAGCUAAGUCUAUCAUAGCUGAUCAGCACAUAAUCUUGCUGUUGUUGUGUACGAUGAUCUUCUGGUUCUGCUCACUUCCCUCAGCAUCAGUUCCUGUGAGUCUCUCCAGGCCUUUCGGAAAUCAGCCUGCUGCUCAUUUCUUAUAGAACAACAGUAUUUCUUCACAUUCAUGGCUUACUCAGCCAUUCCCCAACUGUGAGCAUCUAACUCAUUUUCCAAUUCUUACAAAUAGCAUUUUUAAAGGAAAAAAAGAAAAAGAGGAGGAAAAAAAAUCGGCAAAACGUACAAUGUGCAACUCUUGUGAUAGGUUGGGGAUUCCUUUCAUGUUUCUUCAUUAUAUGCUUGUUCCUUAUAAUUUCGUUAUAUUCAC